CCCUCACAGCCAGAUCUAAGGACUUGCCUCAUUCACUCUAGCUGCACAGGUUGUUAGGGAGGGGAGAAAGAGUGAAACAGGGAAAAAAAGAGAGGUAGAGCAGAAUAUUAGCAACUGCUGGAGAGGGAAAGAGGACAGGAAGUAAAAAAAAAAGAGAGCCUUUUCAGUUUGUUGUUUUUCUAAGAGAAGAAGGGAGCCAAGGUGUGAAGGAGUGAGGCAGGAGAGAGAAGACAAGUCUUCAGAAGUGGGACUAUACCCAGCAGUGGGAGCUUCCUCCAGGGAGGUUAUAGUGAUUAUUGGCAGCGGUCUCUCCUUUCCGCUGGGAGUCAGACCGCCAGGAUCCAGAGCCAUGGAUCCCUCUGUGUCGACCGAGGUCGAUGGGGAGCCCAAGGAGAGAAGGAAGAUCCAGUUUGCUGUGCCGGCCUCUGCACCCACUAACCUGGACCCUCGGCAAGUGGAGAUGAUCCGGCGCAGGAGGCCCACACCUGCCACGCUGUUUAGAGUAGCCGACCAAUCAUCCCCUGAGGAUGAUCAGUCCACCCAUCAGGUAAAGUGGGUUGUGGGAGAAAACGGAGUGCUCAAGCCAAAACGUGUCAAUCCAAACGUGUAUCAGCCUCCAUCUCUCAGAGCUGUGCAGAAGAUGGCUGAAGCACACAUGCAGAACCUAGGUGUUUACCCCCCUUUGGAAGAUCCUUGUGAAGGGGAGGAGGAGGAGGACUACUGGCAGGGACAGGAGGGAGAGGACACAUCUCCCACCAAAGCAGCUGAUCACCAAGAGACGGCGACCAUUGAGCAACCCGAAAAGUUUUCCAGCAUUAGAGAGACGGCCAAGCAGAUCCAAGCAGCACAGGAGGAAGAAGAGGAGGAAGAUGAUGAUGGGAACAAAAUCAAGGAAACGACAGAGGAGAACAGUCGGGGGAGUAACUGAGAAAGAGAGGGAGAGAGAGAUAGAGAGAUAGAGAGAGAGCAGGGAAAACAUUUGUAGGGAAGAAUUUGGGACAGUGAAGGUGUUUUGUGAAAUGGUUAAAAUCUGAAGAGAUGAGGCUGUUUGUUAUCAGUGUGUAGAGACUGAAUGCACAAGUGAGGUUGCAAGCUGUGGGUCAACUAAAUGAAAGAUACUUCCAUGAAAUCAAACAUGUGAGUGAAAGAUUUCUGAACUACUUCACCUCUAAAGGGUGAGAUGGAUUAAAGAGAGGACAGAGAGGUAGGUUUUGUAUUAGGAGUCAGCCCUUAUGAGCAGGUGAAGAAUGAUCUACUGACAGAGCAGACUAUAGACGCCACUUUGGCCCUAAUGUCCCUUUGUUUAUAAUGAGAGUGGAGGGGCCAAGGUCAGCAUGACCAAAUACCCUGUAAGACCAGUCCUCCCUCGACCUUAAUGCUUCUGCACAGCUAAAUGUUCUUUUAAAGAGGGUAAUAGUUUUAACAGUAAUCACAAAAACACACACAUAAACUUUCUUGGGCACAUUUUUAACAAAGACUCUUGUAUGACCCUUUCAAAGGUACUUGAAGGUGUUUAAAUGUGUGUGGUGUUUGUUCCACUUUAUUUUGAAACCAUGGCCUACAUCAUUGUUCUGAUUUGCAGCAAAUUCAAUGUUUAGCCCUGUGAGUAAAUAUGCAUGUACUGCCAUCUCAUGGUGGAAAGUAGGAUUAACAGGUUUAAAGUGAUACACCAAACCAACAUAUUAUGUUUUUAUCAAGAGCUGAAAAGAAGUUAAAAUCCUUAAUAUUUCCAUAGAAUAAAAUCCAGUUUUAAUGCUAUUUAUGGUUGAAAUAAGCUAUUCAAUGUUUUCACACGGUGUAGCUGUGUCUCUGUACAAUAAUACUUAUUGUUAAAGCUUGAAAGGUGGUUGUGAUUGAAAGGCAGUUUCAUCCGUCAAGAAGAACAUCAAAAGUUUCAUGUUAGUUACAAUUUAUAAUAAUAUAAUAAUAAUCUGCUUCUAUUCUGCCCACCAUAUGUUAAGUAACAUUUUCCAAAAUGUCAGCGAGCCUAUGGUAAAAAUAUGGGUUGGAGUAUCACUUUAACUAUGACUUAAAAAAAAGCACCAAAAUGUCUGUAAUUGUGUUAAAUCCAUGAGCAAGUGAGUGAGUGUGUGUGUGUGUGUGUGUGUGUGUGUGUGUGUGAGUGUGGUUAUUUCAUACCACACUUUUCACGUUACUUCAAAUUAAUCUUUAAAGGGCAAAGCUACCUCUGAUUUGUUUGAGAUACAGAACCCAACCGUUGCCUCCACGCAUCGCACAUUUGAACUCGACUCAUUGUGAACUGACAUCAUUAAGGAAUCAAAAACAUGUAAAUUUAAAAUCUUUUCCAAUACUGUUGACUCAUUUGGGAUUUCACAGUGCUCACAGAUUCCCUUUUGUAUGUUAACACUUUUCUAUUGUCAUCUUUUGAAUUGUUCACUCAUGAUUUGUAUGUCAUGGAUCUGUUGUAAGAGCUAUUUUUCUAAUCUAACGUCCAGUGUAUGAGUAGCUCCGCUCUGUCCUGUUUCUACUUUCUAUAUCUAACUUGCAAGUCUGCAUAAAGCAUUCAGCAGAGAAAGCCUAAAGCCAGGCACUGCAGUUACUGUAUGACUGACAUUUGAGCAAAAUGGUCACUGCACAAACUUUCUGUAGUCUUUUUACCACAUAUAUUCACUUGGCAUCUCUUUUCUUGGCGUCAACAACAACUUUUCAAUGUUUUUAGUCAGAAUCUAUAUAAUUGAAUUGCCAGUUUAUCUGAAGAUUCAGCAUCUGAUGUAUUAGGUUUCCAUUUGUGCCACAGGAUGAAUAAAUCUUGCUGUUUGUAUCAUCUGGGUUUGUAUAUAAAAAUGGUGUGAAACGUUUUUAACCUUUGACCUGCCCAAAUUGUGGGAUGACUGGAUGAGCAGGUUGUGUGCGUUGAGGCUCUGCGGCCAACGCUGUCCUCCCUCCUCGGCUCUCUGUCCACCUCCCCUCUCCUCCCAGGUCAGAAGAAAACAACCAUGGAAAGAACAUGUAUGAACCAUGUAUGAACUCUUAUGCUUAUUCUGUCUUUAUUUUUAUUUAAUUUUUUUCCAUUACCUUGUUUCUCAAUGUGAUGUGGUUGUUUUAAAGUGAGCAACAAUAUAUCAAAAUAAACAGUUUCCCUUUUC